AUGGAAUAUUCAUUUAUUCAAUUGAAUGAUUUACCUGAUGAGAUUCUUAUUAUUAUUUUGAAAAAAAUAUUGAAUCUCGAAGUACUCUACUCUCUAAUAGGUGUUAAUCAUCGACUGAAUACAAUUGCACAUGAUUCAAUUUUUACAAGCCAUUUAACAUUAAUGAGAUAUUUUUCGGACGAUUCUAUCUAUCCAUUAUCUGAUCCAACGCUUAAUCGAUUUUGUUUACAAAUUUUACCUGAAAUUCAUCAUAAAAUCAAAUGGCUUGAUCUUGAAUCAUCAUCUAUGGAACGUAUUCUUCUGACUACAAAUUAUCCGAAUUUAUGUGGACUUGGUUUAUAUAAUAUCAGCAUAGAAAAGGCUCUAUCUCUAUUUAUUGACGAAUCUUCUUUAACUUAUAUAAAUAAAAAUCAAAUAUCAUCACUUGUUGUCAAUAUUAAAUAUGAAAAACUAGGUUUAGCAGAAGGUGUUCGUGAACUUAUAUUUACAAAUAUCUUCACUCUAUUUACGAAUUUACAAUAUUUAAAUUUCAGUAUAUUUGCAAUUUAUAACAAACGAUUACCAUUGCAGAUUUCAUCAUCAGUUGUUAUCUCCUCAAAUCUCUUAGAAUUGAAUGUCUGUGUAGAAAAUUUCGUCGAUUGUCUUUAUUUACUUGAUGGACGUUUCAAUAAACUUUCCACACUUUAUGUUCAGAUUUCUUUGAUUCGGUCUUCAUCCUUAACAAUUAGUAAUAAGGUAGAUUAUUUUGAAUAA